GUCACUUCCGUAAUAAACAUCUCGACCACAUCAAACCGACGCGACUCGGAGCGAAACACGACCGUGUCGUUUGUUUAGUGUGAACUGUGGGGCUUUGACUGCCCUCCCGGAGUGUCGCGCGUGAGAGCAGCUGGUGACCAUGUCCCGCAGCGGCGCGUCUGCUCCUCGCAGCUGAGCUCACUCCCUCCAGCCUCCAGUAGCUGGUCACGUCACGUGUCCGCGGCCAGAAUGAGCGGAGACGCCGUCAUCCACCGCUGGCCCGGCUCCUAUUACGUCAGCGCGGAGAAGCGCUGGGAGGACGGCACCUUGUCGCUCAGCAGAAGCACGGUGCGCUUCGUGUCCAGCCGGAGCAAGGAAAGCCUGGCCAGCUUCCGCCUGUCCUGCGUCGUGGAGAUGAAGAUGGAGUCCUCCAGCUUCAUAUUCAGCACCCUGACUCUCCUGGAGGAGGGCAACACCAAGCACUGGUUCGGCUCCUUGAAGCCCAACAGGGUGGUGGUUUUCAACGUGCUGGAGCAUUUCUGGAGGGAGAGGCUGCUGUCGCCGGGCCCCGGGGCCCCGGGGGCGGAAGGUCAGCCCAGCAAAGGCCGGGAACUGAUCAGCCUGGUGGCCGGAGCCCAGAGGAGACUGGAGGACACUGGACGAGUCCUGAGUCACCAAGGGGAGCAGUUUGAUGAGAUGAUGAAGGGCCUGGAGAAGAUGGACUCGGACCUGGGCCUGGCUGACAAGCUCUUGUCGGAGCUGGAGUCUCCCUCCUGGUGGCCCUUUGGUAAGGUCCCCUGGAAAGCCCAGCAGGAGGCCAAGGCUGCGGACGCUGCACGAGCCGCCGCCGCCGCCGCCCUGGGCAGAGGCAGCGGUAAGAACAAGGUGAUCACCAGCAUCCCCGCCGUGGUUUCCAAAGGCACGGACUCGGACUUGAGACCCGGCUGCGUGUUGGUGCUGGUGUCUGCUCUGGAGGUGCGAGAAACCGGCAGCCAACUGCUGCACCGCUUCGAGAGAAACGACGUCGAUGAAAUCCAGGUGCACAGUCCGUACGAGAUCACCGUGCGACAGCGCUUCAUCGGCAAGCCGGACGUUUGCUACCGCGUCCUGUCGGCCAAGAUGCCGGAGGCGCUGUCCGUGCUGGAGAUGCAGUACAAGAAGAAGAUGGAGUUCAGCAGCGAGUACUUCAGUUUCCGAGCGACGCCGGCUUCGUCGCCCACGGACACAGCCGUCCUCGACAGAGGCUCCCUGCUGCAGUGCCAGGAGGCGGACGUCCCGCUGGAGGUGCGAGGAGGAGGAGCAGGAGGAGCGCUCUCCCAGCUGCAGGUGCAAGUGCUGCAGCCGUCCGUCAGUCAGGCCGAGGCCCAGGAGCUCAAGCAGAUGCUGAUGCAGCUGAAGAACCUGGCUCUGGAGGCAGAGACGGAGCUGGAGCGGCAGGAUGAAGUCCUGGAUGUCCUCACCAGCUCGGCGGACCGAGCUACCAUGACCAUCGAGAAGCACACUGGCCGCAUGAGACGGCUGCUGUAGCGCCACCGCCUGACAGACUCCGGAACAUGCGCCUUUUUUUUUUUAACCUUCACAGAAAGUCGUGGUGGUCCGUGAGCAACCAAAACCACUGAAGCUUUAGCGUCAGGACUGAAGCAGGUAUUUGCCAGGUAGAUAGUACUGCAUGUUACCCAGAGCACAAACCUGUGCAUCACGCCUGGUUGACAGCAUCCAAACCGACUGUUUGGUCGUCUGGCUGCUCCAUAACAACCUGGUCUGACGUGACGCAGCACUGGAGCUCAGAACUCUGGUAACAUCUUCUCAUGACUGGGAUGGAACAUGGCCUGGGCCUGUUUUUCUGAAGCUGCUUGUUGCAUCGAGUGGUGUGUCUCCAGGCCUCCGUCUUUACCUGCUCACACCUCUUCAUCUGCCCAGUCACCACGUCCUUGGACCUCUCUCCUGCCCAACUCUCUUCCCGUCUCUCUGUCUCCGCACCACGCCUCAUCCCUUCGCCCUGCUCCGACCGAGUCCUGAUCCUGAAAGCGGCCGGAUGCUCCUGGUAUUGAUGCUGACGACAUAAUGAUUAAAUCUCUGUGGAACUUUUGUCGUACGUGGCUUCGAAUCCCGACCUGCGACAAACAGACCUGACGCAGCAAAGCUUUGACCUCGCGGUGACCCCACAGCUUAACUGUCCCUGACCCUCUCAGGCCUCAGUCUCACACUGAUCCACGGUCAGGUGUCUGUAGUGAGUUGAGCGCCAGUCAGCUGUUCUGGUUGGUUGGUUGCAGCCCUCUGAGGACCGGGCUCCAGGGUGAAGCCACCGAGGUCGUGCGGGGCGUGGUCCUGAACUUGUAGCCAAAAGAGUUUCAGUAUUCCACCUGAGAAGGUGUGAAAACCUAAAUGUUAUUUCUUGGUUUGAAGAAAACAAUGUCGCGUGCGUGAUGUCAGUUCAUUGGUUCUCGUCACCCUGAACUCACCUGCCUGGUCUUCCUCAGGUGAUCUAAGGUGUUAUCAAGCUUUUCAGGCCUGGCUCCACCUGUAACACUCUCCAGCUCUGCUGCAGGUGACUGGAACCGGCCUGGCAUCAGCUUCUCGUCCAUCCUGAUCUGAUGCUUUAGUGCAUGAACUCAGAUGCUGUAAUCCAUCCAGGAUGCUGCCCAAUAAACCGCUCUGGAGUCCUGGUCACGUGCCGCUGAGGCUGCUGUCGAACGGAAACUUGACUCGCGGACGUAAAUCCCUGAAGAAUUCCCAAGUCAAGUUCCUCAGUUCCUUUCUUCCUGCUGAGGAACAGAAACCUGUCGCUCACGUGACAACGCCCGGCGUCGGCGGAUGUAACAGUGUGCUGCGAGUGGAAGCGCUUCGCUCCAGUGAGUCCAGUUUUGACUGUUGGCACCAGCCGCCCUCCUGUCAGCAGAAGCUUGGCUGGUCUCCUCAGAUUGGACCUGGCAGCUGGCUGAGGUGCACUUGUAAAUCAGGAGCAGAGGCGGCCGACAGCUUUGGCUGAGACUCGCUCUGCUCCUGCACCUGCUGCUUUGCUCCAGUUGUUCACUUCCAACUUGGAAGAAAGCAGGGAACUGCAGGUGAGUUGCUUCCCAACGUUUGUCAUAUCCAAAGCUGUGCUUCUCACGAUUUCACUUCCAGGAAGUUCCACCCAACUCUAGCGGCUGUUUGAGCCAAGUUAGCGGCAGCUAAGAACCGCCAUGCUAUGCUCACGUGCUCAGAAGCUUGUGAAGUGAAUCCCAGAAAAACCAGAGGCAUGAAGAGCAGAGCUUGGCCUCAUCUCUCCGAAGACCCCGAGGAGAGAAGCGACGUCUGACACUGGCCGAUUUUCUCAGCACGGUAUAAAGUUAGCAGUUAGCUUCGUGAAAAGUGUUCAGCGUGGAGCUUCUUUGUUUUCUGAAGGUUUUUGAAGCUCCUAACUUUACGAUCAACAGUCGAAUAAGAUGUUUUAGAACUGUUUUAUUGCUUUUCCAAAGGACUUGCUGUGCAAUGCUGAUGUUCUGUUUUAGGCAGCGCUUUCAUCAGCUAGCAGAAGCAUUUGAAAGCUCCCGUGCUAAUAUCCUCCGUUGUAACAUGCACUUUAGCGUGGAGCUGAAUCAUUCCUGCGCAGAAUAAACGCAGGUGUUUGGCUGUGGUCCUUGGAGGACGUCCCAGUUCAGAGCACGGGACCGAAACGGAGUCAUGAAAACAGCGUCAGAUUCCCUCCUGUUUCAUAUGGGGCUGUUUUUUUCCUCCGAGAUCUCUGUGAUCAACAGUUUGUUGACAUCCCACACUGCGGCAGCGCCUCUGUGAAUUCCAGCCCCACGAAAGGUUAAAGCAACACGACUGGCUCUGGCGCGGUUUCCAAGCAGCCUUGCAACACAAGGAAGUGGCGGCGGUCUGCUCUGACCACAGAUACACGAGAUUUGCCUUCCAGCGGAUGGUAUGGAGACACCCGGCUCUCGCUGGCCUUGACUUCCAAACGUCUGUGGUGCGAGUCUCCGUCGAUGGUCUAUCAAUCAACUGACGUCGGAGGGGUGAAGCCAGAGUCUGUGGGAAAGUGCAGUCACGUGACCCGGGCGCGAGCGACGGAGCGUGAACUUUGGUGGCCGAGAUGUUUUCUGCACAGCGACUUGCUCCCCGUCCUCCUCUCCGCCGCCUGAUGUUUGGCUCCCAUCCUGGACGUGCGCUCCGGCUGCUGCAGGUGUUGCCGGCUCUCUUCUUGCUGAGGGAGUUUCUGGUUUCAGGAAACAUGCUUAAUGUCAGAGCUGGGAGAGAACAGGCCUGCGAUCACGGGUUAAUCUGGCAGAGAAGUGGGACGCAGAAUAUUAGGUAACAGUUUGCUCUUGUUUAUGAGUGAGGGGUGCGCACGCAGCUUAGCAGAUGUUCGGCCUCAACACAGGUCACAAGUGAAGCCGACCCGACACAGGCAAAUCAAACUGCAGGCCCGCGGGCCAGGAACACGCCUUGCCAUCGGGCCAGGUCGAUUACAAAAACACAAAAAAAGAAAUAUUUAUAUAUAUAUAUUUACGUACGUAUGUUGUGGUAUUCGCAGCUCAUCCAGGUGUCGUUGUAGACUUUUCAUCCAAUCACAGUUCAGCUAGCUUACGUUGCGCAGGUGCGCGCUGAGUGAACGGGCGGCAAUAUAGUUGAUGGACAGUUGCACUAGCCAAUCAGAUCACGAGUUGGGGCCCGCCACGGACGUUGAGUGUGACGUGGUCGCAUCCUGUGAUUGGAUACUUACGACUGAUCGCUACUUUUUCCGCGCGCUCUUAUUCUUGUGGCGUGUUGUGGCAAAUCAGCGUCACCAACGAAGUCCCAGGUGUGCAGUGACGUUGCGGUGCUGCUUGCGCUGUUCCGCGGCUCUGUGACGCCGGCGGAGAAACGCGCGACCGCCGGAGGUGGUGGUGAGUGCACGCGCUGUACACGCGUAUCUCUCUCACGGCUGAUGACGGGGCGCAGCGUGAUCGUGAAUAUGUGAGACGCGCAGGAUCGCACACGUUUCACCUGCGCUGUCGGACAAAAUGGGCGCGAAUGGCGUCGAAACACGUGACACAUGGGUCUUGAACGGGACGGUUUUCGCCGCGCGUAAAGACGGAGCGCUCAGAUCGGAGGCAGUUGACUUCUUCUCAGAAUCCUGGCGUUUUUGCUGUCGCCAAUUCAGGACGCGAGGAAGCGUUCCCCUCUGUGUCGCCGGCACUUCUUGAUUGGCUGCGUUCCGUUCUGUCGUUCUCUUUCUUUUUUUUUGAGGGGGGGGUGAAGAACUGCGAACUGCAUUUUACUGCUUUGUUUUAUUUACUCCAUGUGCUUCAGCUGCUGUUAAAGCGAAGGCAGGAAACCAAACGUGUUCGGCAGAAUCUGCCAUGAAUGACAGACUGUACAGUGUUAAAAUAUGAGAUGUAUGGUUACAUAUGCAACAUAACCGCAGCAGAAAAAGCUCUACACACUUUCUUUAUGAUGAAAAAAAGAAGAACCAUUCGUCCAAAAACCUGACAAUGUUCAUGUUCUAACUGUGAAAACAAGGAAUGUGACAAAGAAAAUGGGACCAUGAAAGUGUGUUGGCGUCCCAGAAGUCUCUUCUGUUCCUGGAUGGAGGUGGCGGCGGCGUCCAAGAGCGCGGCUGACGGAGGGAUAAGUGUCUGGAGCAGCUUGAGUUAUUCCGUCCGGCCUACUAUCGCAGGCGGGAAACAGUCAAGUGAACUUGUCUGAGGGAACAGAAUGUCUCGGCCGUCUUUACUUUGGCACGUGGUGCUCCACCUCUGGCCAGACAGGAGAAGCCCGGCGCGUGAACCACUCUGGACACAAGUCUUCUUGGCUCUGUCACGCCACUGGGGUGUAGAUGCCGGAGCAAAUCUCUCUGUCGCGCCGUCAGAAUGAAAAAACACCUCAUGGAAGAGACGCAGUCCGUCUUCGACAAAUCCGAUUCAGUUCUGUCUCAAGUGUCAGCAGCAGGGAGAGUGGAGGUUUGAUGUCGUGGCCCCACAGGUUCCUGUGAGAAGGCGGUGGAGAUGUUCUUCUCAGCCCCGUCAUCAUCAUCUGCUCUCCAUCUUGGUCUGGUGCCAGAGGACUGAGGAACCAUCAGCCUGAUCGAUACGUGUGUGUCGUAUCAUCCAGGACGCCUCUGACGUGAAACCAGCUUCAGCAGCAGUAACAUCAGACCAAACCACUCGGGCUUUGUUGGGACCUCCUGUGUGAUCCAACCAUCUGAAGGAUGAUUUUCCGAGAAGAGCCCCACGUCUGAGGACAGUGGUUCCGGUCAUUAGAGGGCAGUCAGGGUUGAUGAGCUUCUGUUUGAGCGUGUGCCUUCCGGGUGUGUGAACUGAGGUUGACCUUCAGCGCCGUCAAACAUGAGCCUGUGAAGCGUUCAUACUUCCUGACUGUCGCACCCAGCAGGCUGGAUCCAGUGCUUCAUCAUCUCUGUAGGCUUCAGUGUAUGAUGCCUCACUGUCUGAAGUAAAAUGCAAACCAACCCCUUGAACUGUCACGUAGUUUUCCUGAUGAACCAUUUGUGGUUGUUUAGAAGGUCUUCAUUGAACUCAACUGUGAGCAGCUGUUCAUUUCUUCUCCAGCGGCCUCAUGGUUCCCGGUCACGUAUGUGUGUCCUGCUUGUGCUGAGUGGACCGUGUCAUCCUGAGCUUUAGAUCUGCAAACUCCAAUUCUGAGAGCCUGGUUCUCAGUCCAGAACGGGGCAGAGCUCCUUCCUCAGGUGAAGGGGUUGAUGGUUCUCAGAGUCUUGUUCAUGAGUGAAGGCGUGGAGCGUCAUGGUUGUCACAAAGCAGCCUGCUACUCUGGCGGUGCUCAGCUGUGAGGAAGCCCAGGGUCGACCCACAGCGUGUUGGACCAACCUCACGCAGCAGUUGGUUGAGGAAGUCUGGGCCUCUUGUCUAGGCCCGCUGCCCCCACGACCUGACCUCAGUUCAAUGGAGGAAAACUGAAAUGUCUCCAUGUUCCACCUGUAAAUAUCUGUUGUGUUGUAGUAAGUAUUUAAUGUCAAAAAUAUUCUGGGAUGUCCCCCCAGAAACCUCUGUUUUAGUGGCUCUUACUGCAAAUGGAAAGGCUUUGCUCCUGUGAUAUAUUCCCCACCUGACUGACGGACCUCCGGCUCCUGGCAAAACUGGAUACGUCUUCCAACACCGUCACCCGGAGGUUGUUGACACUUGCAUGCAGCGCCUGCGCUCGGUUCAUUUGACCCUCAGGUCACGCGGGGACAGAAAUAGACUUCUCUGUUUGCCUCUGUGCGCUGCAAAGUAAACAAGCGAGAGUUUGGCGGGUCGGGGAUCUGGAGGACAGACGCCAGAGCCGCUGGCCGAGGGAGGCUUCAUGAGACGUACGGCCACCUGCUGAUGUCGUCAGCUGACCGCAUGGCGUGGUGACACCAUUGUUGAGUGGAGGGUUGACCUUUCAUGCAGCACCUGGCGGAGGAGAGGUACUGCCAUGUUGGCCGCCCCUCAGUCUCUCUGUGUGCCGCCACCGCUCUCAUGCAGGCCGCUACGUGCUUCGCUCUUCCGCCGCGCUCAUUCCUUUGGCUGCGUGGAAUUUUCGGACAACACCUAUUUUGUGGAAACUCCUUCAGCCUGGCCACGUAACCUCGGGGGAGCCGCUCGCAGCCCUGUAACCGGAGAAGACGGCUGCCAGAUGUUUACCCGGCACAGCCACAUGUGAGCGGCAGAGGCGUGAACCUUUGACCCGCCGUCUGUCACAGGUACCCAAGGAAGGCGUGAAGGCAGUGGAGCGCCAGGCCGCUUCAAAACAAUGACGUGUCCCACGCUGCUGGAGAAGGAAACCCAGUGUCGGUGGGGAGACCGCUCAGGAAUCCCCUUCCCAGCGAUGGAAAACAUGGAGCCGUCAAAACGCCUCUGUGAUUCAGCGGCCUGCUUCCAAUUACAGCGUUGAAUAUCAAAGGCAUCACUCCCUUUUUAAUGUGCAUUUUUAUGUGUUGCUGGUUUAUUUUGAUGGAAAAUUUGGGGCUGGAGUGCUGGCUAAUGGCUAUGGAAAGCUUGCACCUGUGGUAGACCAAAUGUUUGGAGAGUCCGAAACACUGAAACCAUCCCAGACUGGAUUCUUUUCUGGAACAAUGCACCGGCAUGGUGGUUUAGUUUUGCAGUUUGAUAUAACAAGUCUGUCAUCGUGAGCCGCUGCUGCAUGAGCGUGGUGUUGGAAGAGCCUGGUGCCAUGUGAAGGACUGCUGUGAGUCAUGGAGGCGGCCGCAGCUGCGCUCCUCCUCCUCCUCCUCCUCAUGAUGAUGAUCACUGUCAGCCACUCGCUCCACCUUGGCUUUGCGGUGCGUCUGUUGGAGACAGCUAUUCGUCUGAGGAUGAGGAGACUGGAGUCAGAUGUUCUGCUUCUCACAGAGAAGAAGGAGCUAGAGAGCCGACGGGGCGCUUCAUCCACCGUUCCCAGAAGAUGCUGCUGAACUGCUCUGCUCCAAACCAAUGGCGUGGUGUUAGCCUCGCCAGAGGGUCACGUUAGCCUGCUCCUCAGCUCCUGUGUGAGAGUCAUCUUCUGAAAUCCCAGUCGUCCACUCAGUUUGUUGUCACCAUUACAAACACGGCGGGACACGCGCAGAGCGCCCCCAGGUGCUGCUGAACUGCAGGCCCAGUCCUGCCCCUUCCUUCCUUCCGUCCGAGCUUUUGGUUGGAACCUGUGAACGCCUGUCCUGUCCCGUCCCUUCGCUCGUAUUUUCUCACUUAUUUCCCCUGCAAGUAAAAAGGGAGGACAUUCAUCAGGAGCAUAUGACUUCACAUUUUAUCCCGAGCCAAUCACAACAGUGGGUUCAAGCCCAGAUCCACAUGAGCAAAUGAUGUUCUGCAGCUCAGGUUUGUCAAACGAUGCACUUGCUGGAGUGGUGCCACUGUUUGCAGUGUUGCUAAGCUCUCCUCUGCUGAGCCUCGUCCUCAUCCUCACAACGUUGAUCUUGACUCGGCCUCAUGGACUGCUGGAGUCAAGUGUGUUAUUUUAGCCUGGUAUCUUCCCAGCUGCACCUGCUCCACUUCUGGGGUGUCUGAUGGUUGAAGAUGGAGAGAUGAAAUCACUCAACCAAACUUCCAUGCGAUGCUCAGGUCGUGUGGUGGUUGAAGGGUGCUCACCACUCGGGACGCUGUGGACCCCGCUGCUCUCCACCGACUACUCAAUCUGUCUUCCUUUUUGCCUCCUGCUGUCUGUGACCGUCUGCUGAAGGUCUUCAUGGUAGAUGUUCAAUAAUGAGGGACCUUUCUGUUUCACCUGUUGCAGGUCCUGUGGUUCUCUAACUGGGCUCCCUGCAGUCUCUCUCAGGGGCCACUGACUGUCCCCUUUGGUCCAUGGUUCAUACGGAGAGGAAACUCUCUGUGGAGAACGCGCUGGACUGGCUCGGAGCAGAUUCUCAGUCAGAACGUGACGAUAACGCAGAAGGUCUCCAGAAGCCCUCACCAAUGGCCGUUCUCUCUGGGGAAGGCCGAGCCGCUCACACUGCUUCAUUCUCAUGAAGCUCCAGUGUUCUUCCUCACACCCUCUGUUGACAAGUUCCUCGCUUGAUUUAUGCCGCGCUAACAUUUCACGGUGCGUUACCGCGAACAAUUUAUGGCUACAGAGCUGACACUUUGCUUUCCGGAGAGACGUGAUGUUCCUCUGAGAGAGAGAGUGAAAAGUCGACGUUGGAAAGGCUGGUUUUCCGUGGAAUUUGGAGCAGAGGAACUCUGAUGUCAUAACCAGCUUAUCGGGUCCAUGUCAUGUCCGUGGCAGGGGGGCGCCAGUGGUGACGUCAGAGCUUUACGUAAGCGGUAAAUCGGACAAACCCACCCUCCCGUUUUUGUCAUGGGCCUCGCACGAUAUCCAAACCCACUGGGACGCCUUCACCGUGAUGUUUCGCUUCAUGCUUGUGGACUCACAUUAACCUCCUUGACUUUCACUCAACCCGUGUGCCCGAUUCUUUCCCAGGUGUCCAAUGAAGCCAUUUCAGCUCUUCAUUUUUGCUUUUGCACGAGCUGUUUUCCUCGCCGCACACCUGCUGCGGAGGCCUCCGUCCUGAGCUCUUCAGGGAGGUAAUAACCACAACUGCUGAUGGGAAUUCACGGGACACAUCCUGCUUCUUAACGGUCCGUCAGCGAACAUGGGAGCAGUAAAUAAGUGCUGAGCCGAGCGCGUCUGGUUUCAUUAUUAACUGACGUGACUCAGCCAAAACACAAACAAAGCAAGCGCUUGACUGGAUCUUCACAUCAUGUGCUGCAACUGCUCGGUUUCACUUCCUGUCCGACUGCGUGGUGUUGGCUCCUGCUGCGUCCACCCUUCGCUCCACAGCCACUCCUGGGAAUAUUUUGCUUCCGUCCCACCACGGGAGAUGGUGACCUCUUGUGAUGGGGGCUCACGCUGCACCCUACGCUCGACUGCCACACCGGGGUAGUGGGUGGUGGGGAGCGUUUCCUCUCCAAAAAUCCAACUGGACACCUGCUGUCCGUGUCUUUUUAAAGUGGAAAUAUUGAGCAAGGGUCUUCUGCACGCUGGAGUUGGUAUUUAAUAGAAGCGAUUGAGGAAGGGAACCUCUCACAGUCCAGUUGGAAGCGUACAGGACACUGUUGGUUCGAGGUGCGUGCUGAGGACUCAGGGUGCAGUGGAGGAGGCUUGCUGUGGCAAACUUCAUGGAAGAAGAAGAAGAAGAAGCUCCUGAGUGAGGGAGGGAAAGUGACUGUCUUGUCAGACAGUUCUUCAGCACCACAGCACUGCUGAAGACGGUGGAGCCACGAUGCAAAGGUCACGAUUUACUGGGGGCAAGUCUCACACUUUAAGCAAAGGAUGGCGACCGAAAGAACAUGAUCAUGAACGGAAGCAUCCAAAAUGGCUGCUCCUGCUCUUAGAAAGAAGCUUUUUUUGUGUGGGCACUUGGGAGGACCAGUGACCUGAACUCUGCCACAUCCAUCCUCCUCCCACUGCAAGUAAGGUUUCCUGUCUGUAGAGACGUUCUCCAGAAGGUCUGAGGAGCUGGUCAGGACAGGUGGUUUUGUGGAUCCUUUUUGAAGCCGCUGAAGCUGGAAGUGCCUGCAGAACCUCCCGCGCUGCUGCUCAGUUGGGUUGUCAAGUCAUGUUUCCAGACCACGUCAGUGUGCAGAGGAGCGAGACGCGGUCCUGGACGUGGAUUAGCAGCUAGCUGAAGUUAGCUGAAGUGCUGGAUGGUGAGGACCGUCACGGCUCAUGAAGCCGUCUCUCAGCUGGUGUCAGGCCAUUAGUAUUAGUUACAGCAGGAAAAGGUUCCAGCGCCGUGUGCGUAUUUGCUUUGACAGAUCGGGAUUGGUCCUCCCAUCGCUGUGAUUUUCCUUGUAAUGAGAUUCUCUGCUGGGACCAGAGCUUACGGAACACACAUACAGAGGAGUCGUGACAUGACUCAACCCUCCGAACAGCGUCUAGAAAAAUGUGCCUGAUGUCAAUGACACCAUGUCUUGGAUGCUUGCAGUCCUCACAUCCCUGAGAAAAUAUCAGUCUGUAAUUACACGUUUCCUUUGAGAUAUAAAAAUGAUUAAAUCUGCUUUGGACAUGCAGCAACCAGGCUUUUUCAGUGAGCAAACACAGAAAUUCCCCAACUCCUGCUCUUCCUGUCCUGCGAUGGUGGAUGAUGAAAACCUUGAUGGCAACUCAAGUUUCCGACGUAAACCCACAGGAGGAUGUUGAGGAGUCGUCUGGCCGAGGUUCUGCACGCACGGGUCAGGCAGCAGAGCAGCGGCCUUCGCUUUGGAGAGGCUGCCAUCCAGCUCCUCACAUGACUUCAGUCUCAGACCGGAGGAGUGCAGAGGCAACGCUGCAGCCCCUUCAGUCCCCUGCUUGUUCCUCAAACUCCAGCGGUCCGGUUCCGUGGCCUGGCAGAGGUCUGUGUGAGGCCAGGCCCUGGCGUGAGGGAAGCUUGACUCGGGUGACCUGGAGUGAGCUCACACCAGUUGACUAGAGGUGGAGUGGACCUGGUGAAUCUGCCACAUCCUGAUGCAGAGUCUUGCCACCACCCGUGCUGAUCUGUUCGUGGCCCUCUGGACCUCCAUGUGAAGCGCCACCUUGUGUCUGAUUUCAUUUGGAUUUGUAUUUAAUUUACAAACCGUCCGGAUUUGCAACACAAAUGCUACUUUCCUUUGUGAGUUUUACGCCUCCUAGCGGCGCUGCGAGCCACCACUUUCUGAGUUCCCAUGAUGCUCAUGGCUUCACCAUCAGCCAGUGACGAAGCGCCUCGUAGUCGCGUGUUUCACUGGUGACGUGGACGCCGUAGUGAUUGGGUCACUCAGCGACAGGAUAGAAACGGUCCCUGAAGGAGUGUGGAUGACAAACCAGGAACUAGUUACGAGCCCGCCAAACGUCUCAAAACGAACCUGGACGGAGCACAGAGUUUUCUGGGCUCAUGAAAGUGAGAGCGCUGGCUCCUCAGCAGCUGUUAGCGCAGCUGGCGCUUAACAACAGCGGUCCGAGCGCGACAUUCGAAUGCUAAGCUAAUUGCCCAAGAAAUAGUCAUUAAUUUCACCGUGCUAGACUCUCUAGCAGACUCUCUCAGGGAGGCAGAUCCGUCGCCAUUGGGUGUUCGUCAGCCCCCUGAAUCGGAAGCUUUUGGAAGCUUUCAUAAAUGCGGCGCUCUCUGUCUCGGAGUCCCGCUACAGUGGGUCAAUAUUUCACAGCAAAGUGUCUAGAGAUUCACCUGCAAAGUCUCACAUCAAAUGACAUCUUUUUCAGUCGCUUUGACAGAAUCGUUGUUGCUUUCUGAAAGUUUUUUUUUUCUUUCUAUUUUUUUUUUACCUUCUUGAAGAGGUAGAUUUUAAAAUUUCUGUAUUAAAAUGAUACAAUUGUUCAUGUUUUCGCAUCAUGUAGCGAGAUGGUCUCAUCAUUUCAAUGACAAACUCAAAGUCAAUCCAUGUGAUGGUAUCGGUGCUGAUCGGAGCGUCCCGACCACAAAUCCCCGUCAGCACCUCAAACCUCAUAUUCCAUGAGGAAAACAAAUGGUGGCAGAGAAUUGUGAUGUCAGUUCUUCACUAAAAGAUGGUGAUUCACAUUCUCCCCUGGACGGCGUCAACAGGAGGCGCAGGCUUGUAUAUUUUCGAUUCUCACCGAGCAAAUGGCCAACGUCCCGCCAAGUUCUUCCUUACUGCUGUGCUACGGCAAUAAACCGCAGGUUGCUGUUUUCUCACUGAUCGCGACUGAAACAGGAUCCAGCUGAGAGCCUUUGCCGGGGAAGCCGUGUGCUUCGCGGUGAGCUAACAUCUGCAGCAGGUUCCAGUUAUGCCAGAGCAGCCAAGUGUCUCGCUGCGUUUGCUUGCCGCGCCAACAAAAGCUGUUCCACUGCAGCGUGAGGAGGACACCAAGGUCGCCCCAACAUGGCCCCCUUCUGGCCAAGUCCUGCUCAAGAGAGACGUCUGAGUGUAGGACAGUUGGUCUCAAGAGCGUUUAUCCUCGCGGGACCUGCUGGAGAGGUGGACGGCCUCUGGGAUCCCCCUGUGCUGGGGUGGCUCCUGGAUGCCCCUAAGCUGUCUUUGCAUGUAGCCGUACAGUAGAAGGAAGACAGAGAUGCUUGGACAUGAAUGAGCUGUAGAGACGCGAGGACGAAGGCCGCUCUACUGCUGCGCCGUGAGAGACGUCCCAGCUCCUGUGUUGAUGGUGGAGGAGCUUGCUCAAACACCAGGGGGCGCCACUGCAUCUCUCACCUUGGUUGCUAUGCAGCAGCAAACCUUCAACCCCGGGUGAGCUGCAGUUAAGCUGGCGAAUGUUGCAUCUUUCUCCAGCCUCCGUGUGAAGGGGACGCCGAGCCAAACGUCAUCCUGUACUGAAGGAGCUUUCCCAAAAGUCACUGCCUUCCUCCGACACUCCUCUGCAGCCGCGCCGCCUUCCUCCCAUAAAGAUAAUUGGGCUUCCUUCUUGCCACCAGAUGAAAGAUGGCCGCAGUUGUCAGACGGCAAUUUCCAGCCAAACCAUUGAUUUGAGCGGCUUGUAAAGCGCGCGGCGGCGGCGCUAAAUACCAAAACAUUACCAGUCUCCCGGUGCGACGGCACACCUGCCAAUUACCCUGCAUCACCACCACAGAUGACUGUGUGUCGGUGUCUGCCCUUCAGCUUUGGACACGUCGACUGAGCGCAGCCGCUGGACGCCAUCUGCUCGCCACCUGACUCCUGCAGGUUUGGCUUCUGACUGGGAAGUGCCGACCAACCUGGGCCCCCGGGGGUCGACCCUCCACACAGCAGUUCCACCGCAGGAGUCGCGUGCUGACAGUUUAACAGAGCGCCACACCCUGGCCGCAGAGCGCCCCCCCCCCACCCCGGUUGUGAUGUCAGGUAUUCCCACCUGACUGUGCAGGGCUGCACUUUUCUCAGCUCCCCACCACUGUCUCUGCUCCGUUUACUUUCAAAUGCUAAUCUUUCCCUCCUGGAAAAGUAGGUCGUAAACGUAGUGAGUCAAAAUGAUUCCGACCUGGCGAGACCCCCCCACCCCCCCGCCUCAUUCCUUUGUCCUGAUGAUUGUCCCGUAAAGCCACCCAAAGUAUACAUUCAUAUCCAGCACUUUGAUUAAAGAUUUUUUUUUAUUUCUUCCCCUCAAGUUCCUCAUUCCAAAUGGGAUAUCUGAGACCCCUGGAAAACUCCUGCUCCGGCCUGAUGCAAGGAAUAUAUCUGGAGGAGGACGACCUCAUGAGGCAGCACC